UGUAGCACAAUGUCUACAUUUUGUGAAGAAAUCUCGAAGGAAGAUUGCAAGAAAGCCACACAUUUUGGAAUAAAAGAAUUUCUCCGUUAUGGGAACUUCGUUCCACCACCUGAGUUUCCAAUGGCAGAAAAAUGGACUAAGGCUACGUACUUCCUUCCGGCGCACCACAGCAGAUAUAUGGAGAAAAUUGAGAAUUUUGAGGUACGUCCGGAUGAUAUUUGGGUGGUGACAUACCUUAAGAGUGGUACAACGUGGACACAGGAAAUGGUCUGGCAGAUCUGCAAUGAUUUGGAUUUUGAGAAAGGACAAGCAACAGGAUUAAAUGCACGAUUUCCCAUGUUGGAAAUGGGCUCAUUAAUUCCAGAGAGCGGGACUAUUGAUACAGUGACUCCUGUAGCGCAGCGACCAUCACCUAGAUUCAUCAAGUGCCACUUACCGCCGUCUUUGCUUCCCAGAAGUAUUUGGAAAGUAAAACCGAAGAUUAUUUAUACAGCAAGGAAUGCAAAAGAUCUAUUUGUGUCAUUCUACCAUCACUAUAGAAAUAUUCACCACUACAAUGGGAAUUUUGAAGAGUUUUCUGAGAUUUUUAUGAAAGAUUUAGUUAUCUACGCUCCUUUCUACACCCACGUUUUGGAUUUCUGGCGAAUGAGAAAUGAAGAAAAUAUCUUGUUCUUAACAUUUGAAGAAAUGAAAAGAGAUAUGCCAACAGUAAUUGAGAAAACUGCUAAAUUUCUUGGAAAAUCUUUAAAUGAACAGCAAAUUCAGGAUCUCAGUAAACAUGUGUCUUUUGAAAAUAUGUCCAAAAAUCAAUCUGUAGAUUUACUCUUGGAACUGAAGAGUAUAAGCCAUGUUCUGAAUGUCGAGACACCCGAUGAGGAUUUUAAAUUUAUAAGAAAAGGACAAGUUGGAGCUUAUCGAGAUGAUAUGUCUCAAGAAAUUAUUGAAAAAUUCGACAAUUGGCUCAAAGAAAAAUUGAAUGACCUCCAAGUGGAGCCAGAGCUAUGGAAAAUAUUUUUCCUUGAUGAUGUUCCAGGGAAAAAAUCAAUUUAGACGUAAAAAAUUAUUUUUCAGUGAGUUUAACUAGGUCUUAACAUUGUUUGUUUUAUUUUACUAUUGGAUGACUUCAAUAGCUAAAAAUAGAAUGUCUAUUAAAAAAAGCGCCCGCCAGUUAUGCCAUGUAGUGUACCAAUAACGUAAGAAUUUGUCUAUAUACAUACAUACACUCUAAUUAGAUAUGUGUCAGAGGGUUGAGUUUUUUUUUUUGUAAAGGUUUAUAAAGUUUAUAGAAAGGUAUUGAGUUCAUAUAAGAAAUUAAAAUGUAAAGAUUAUCUCUAAUGAGGUUUCGAAGGAAAAAUCCUGUUUAGUAAAUUAGUUUAGUGUUCCCCUUCAUUGUUUACACCAAUUAAAUUGUAUUAAUUUUUUCCACUUCAGGGAUAUCUAGUUUUAAAAACACAUUGUCAAAAAAAAAGAAAUAUGAUUAAAAGCCCAGAGUUUAUAGCAAUUGUACGCGCGAUUGCGUAAGCUCAGCUACUGAC